UGCAGGCGAGGCAGGCGUCUGCGUUCCACCGGAAGAUGAGCCCGUUCUCCCCUCAUGCCGCACAUCUUCUGUAUAACUUAUCUUUGGUUGAACUCUCCACGCUGACACUUGUUGGGGCUGCAUGCGUCCCGGUGCGUUGCCCCGCAGUUGAAGACGCGUCCCGCUCUGUGGACAUUUCUGAGACAAGCGGUCUGUUCAGGUGAGGAGUUUGCUUUUUUAUUAUUAUUUUUUUUCAGUUCAGUGUUGUUUCUGGCACCAAUUCACAACAAAGGCACGUUACAAGCUUUACACAGUGAUCGAUCAGAGCGAACGACAUGGGGAAGCAGAACAGCAAGCUCCGACCCGAGGUGAUGCAGGACCUGCUGGAGAGCACGGACUUCACCGAGCACGAGAUCCAGGAGUGGUACAAGGGCUUCCUGAGGGACUGCCCCAGUGGGAACCUCUCCAUGGAGGAGUUCAAGAAGAUCUACGGCAACUUCUUCCCUUACGGGGACGCCUCCAAGUUUGCCGAGCACGUUUUUCGCACGUUCGACACCAACGGAGACGGAACAAUAGACUUUCGGGAGUUUAUCAUCGCGCUGAGUGUGACAUCGCGCGGGAAGCUGGAGCAGAAGCUGAAGUGGGCGUUCAGUAUGUACGACCUGGACGGAAACGGGUAUAUCAGCAAAGCGGAGAUGCUGGAGAUUGUACAGGCGAUCUAUAAGAUGGUGUCCUCGGUGAUGAAGAUGCCCGAGGACGAGUCGACACCUGAGAAGAGGACAGAGAAGAUCUUCAGGCAGAUGGACACCAACAGGGACGGCAAACUGUCUCUGGAGGAGUUCAUCAAAGGAGCCAAGAGCGACCCCUCCAUCGUCCGCCUGUUGCAGUGCGACCCGAGCAGCGCCGGACAGUUCUAGACCCAAGGCACCAACGGAAUCCUGCUCGUUUGGGUGACUUUGAAUGCCCUUGACUCUCCAUUUUGGAGCAGACUGAUGAAGAAUGACGAGCUGAUGGAUGACGAUGAAGAAGACAGGCCUUCAAUUUGCCCUGAGGACUUCAAACACGGGACCAGAGCCACAUUCUCCACUUUCUGUCCACCUUGAGCCAUUUAUCUAAACCCUUUCAAAGACUGAACCUGAACACUCGCUAAACCCCCCGGGGGUUCUUCAACACUCAUGAUUCUAAUUGUCCAGGACCCUUCAGUUCGUCUCGAGGCAGCGUCAGAGUAGGAGCCGGUCCACAGUAGGUUGUGUAUAUAAACUAUAAACUGGAGUCUCUGUAUCGGUGUUUUUGCUUGGCUCUCUUUGCCCUCCGAGGUGACACGAGUCUCUGUGUGCCUGAGACGCAGAGAGUAAUGGAGGGAAGCUGGCUUUGAAGGACGGGGCGCACUGUGCGUGAGAAAAUGGAACCUGCAUAGAAGACUUGUGGAGUUGAAAUUUCAACUCAGAACGAACAUCCUCUUUUCUACUGUGAGAAUGUGUUUGUGUGCAUUUAAGUACUUUACAAACUCGAUAGAGUUGUUUUCUAUCUUGUGCUGGGACAAAAACACGUAAUGUUAUGCUACUAUGCAUAUUCCCUGAUCGCUAGUUUGAGUCUCACGGAAGGAGCGGAGGAUGAAAUUCCCCCUGUUGUCUGUCGUCUGUUCCGGCGUUUCUUUCCUUUUUAGUAAGAUUUUUACAGAGGAUGUUUCUGCGCUCAAGCCUUCAGGUUAAAUAAAAAACUAGCUUUCAAAGAACCUGAGAACAGUGUAGAUAUUGUUAUAAGUGAACCUAGAUUUGUAAACCAAACCCCACGUAGUUCAGAACAAAUAAAAGUAAUACAAAUUGUUGGUAAUUCAAGCUGUUGCCAGAUACCAAGCAUGCAAAUGGGUUUCUACUUUGACUUGUACCAGUCCGAACGCCUUCACGUUCACUUUUAGAUGUUCCUAAAUGCUGCAUGUCGACCAGCUGGACACGGAGCGUAGACUGCGUAACACAUAUGCAUGUGACUUCUGUGCAUGUGUGUGGGUUUUAAUGUGAUGAUGCAUAUCACUGGCAUAUCUGUGCUUGCCUCUGUGUGUUAGCGUCGUCAGCGUUCGUACCUGCAGUGUUGUUGGCAGCAUAUGGAGCGACUGGCGCGACAAACCGCUCACCUCCCAAACCGACAUAGUUUUAGAUCAACCGCAUGCAACACAGUUGGAGUACGGCCUGAAAUCCACGCGCGGUGCUGGAUGACACACUGCUACGUCCUCCUCAGGCCGACUGAUCUUAUCUCAUCUCCCUCCUCCUGUCUUUGCUCAGGUGCAACAGAAAACUGCUUGACACAUGUUCAAAGUCCGCCUUAAAGGAAAGUCCUUGAGGAGCGUUUCAUGCACAGCGUCGUCCUCCAGGGUUGAGCCCUGUUCAGUCACUGCGUUGUCUAAUUAGAAAGGCUUGGAAUGUUUUAUGAAAUAACUGUUGUUUUUUUGUAUAAAAAAAAGCAAAAGGAUAAACAAGAACCACAACUACUGCAAGAAUAAUGUCACAAUAUGUUGUUUGGAUUGUAUUUUUAUGAUAUUGAUUUUUUUUUAUUUUAAGCUGUGUCAGGUGCAACUUUUCUGUUUAAAAAUACAAACUUGCAUCUUGUGGUCAAGUGCCAAAUAACAACAAAAACAGUAUUGUAGAAAAUAUUUUUACUGUGCAAUUGUUACCUGUUGAACAAAAUGUUUGUAAUUGUUGCAUUUUGUAGGUUUUGUUUGGUUUAGUGACUACAGUUGUGGAAUCAUAGGAUUCAGUUUGGGUUUUAAAAAGGCAAAAGGCAAAAAUUAAAUUUACAGUUUGUGUGCA